AGGAUGUCUGUGAAGUGCCUUUCUCUGCUGCUGCUGCUACAGCUGAGCUGCUACUUCAGCUCUGGGAGUUGUGGAAAAGUGCUGGUGUGGCCGAUGGAAUUCAGUCAUUGGCUCAAUUUAAAGAUCAUCCUCAAAGAACUUGUCCAGCGAGGUCAUGAAGUAACUGUUCUGAGAUCUUCAGCUUCUAUUGUAAUCAAUGACAAGAAUGAAUCUGGAAUUAAAUUUGAAACUUUCCCUUCAUCUUACACUAAAGACGAAUUGGAAACCUUUUUCUGGUAUUGGUUCAAUAAGUGGAUAUAUAAUGUGUCAUUGGAUAGUAAUUGGGAGAAAUUUUCAGCAAUGCAAGGAUUCAUUUUAGGCUUUUCUGAUGUUUAUGAAAGUUUCUGCAAAGAAGUAGUUUUGAACAAGACACUCAUGACUAGACUGCAGGAAUCAAAGUUUGAUAUUGUUCUUGCUGACGCCUUCGCUCCCUGUGGUGAGCUCCUGGCUGAACUACUUAAAACCCCCCUUGUGUACAGCCUCCGUUGUUUCCCUGGCUACAUACUGGAAAAGCAUGGUGGAGGGCUUCUAUUUCCUCCUUCCUAUGUACCUGUUAUGUUGUCUGGUUUAGGUGGCAAAAUGACAUUCAUGGAGAGGGUAGCUAAUAUGCUAUCUGUGCUUUAUUUUGACUUCUGGUUUUCAAAGUUUAAUGAGAAGAGGUGGGAUCAAUUUUAUAGUGAAGUACUAGGAAGACCUGCUACGUUCUUUGAGAUUAUGGGGAAAGCUGACAUGUGGCUCAUCCGAAGCUACUGGGAUUUUGAGUUUCCUCGCCCACUGUUACCAAACUUUGAAUUUAUCGGAGGAUUGCACUGCAAACCUGCCAAACCUCUUCCUGAAGACAUGGAAGACUUUGUGCAGAGCUCUGGAGAAGAGGGAGUUGUGGUGUUUUCCCUGGGCUCAAUGAUCAGUAACAUGACAGAAGAGAGGGCCAAUGUGAUCGCAUCAGCCCUUGCCCAGCUUCCACAAAAGGUUCUUUGGAGAUAUGAAGGCAAGAAACCAGACACCUUAGGCCCUAACACUCGCCUCUAUUCAUGGAUCCCCCAGAAUGACGUACUUGGUCAUCCAAAAACCAAGGCUUUUGUAACUCAUGGUGGAGCCAAUGGUGUCUUUGAAGCAAUCUAUCAUGGUGUCCCUAUGGUGGGCCUCCCUUUAUUCUCAGAUCAACCUGAUAAUAUUAUCUACAUGAAAGCCAAGGGAGCUGCUGUUAAAUUGGACUGGAAAACAAUGUCAAGUGCAGAGUUGCUCAAUGCCUUGAAAACAGUCAUUAAUGAUCCUUCCUAUAAAGAGAAUGUCAUGACGUUAUCAAGAAUUCACCACGAUCAGCCCAUGAAACCCCUGGAUCGAGCAAUCUUCUGGAUCGAGCAUGUCAUGCGCCACAAAGGAGCCAAACACCUGCGGGUUGCAGCCUAUGACCUCACCUGGUACCAGUACCACUCUCUGGAUGUGAUUGGGUUCCUGCUGGCCUGUGUGACAAUCAUUACUUACCUUGUCAUAAAAAGUUGUUUGUUGCUUUUUCAAAAGCUUGUUAAGAUGGGAAAGAAGAAAAAGAGGGAUUAAGGAACAUAAAGAAGCUAAAGCUGGUGAUUCUGAGAGAGAAAAGACAGUGUAAGUUAAGGGCAGUGCUUCUGUUAAAAGAUAUAUUUAAACUGCAAGAUGCAAGUGAAUUGUAAAAAAUGAUGAUUGAAGCUUGAAGUACAUUUUAUACCUCUUCAAUGUUACAAAUUUAUUUUUAGUAAAAAUUGAUAGCAUAAAUGUAGUAAACAUUCCCACUAAAGUAAAAGAUAAUGGAUAUUUUAUUUCAUUAGAUAUUUAAAAUAUAAUUCAACAAUAUAAAUAGCUACAUGC